AUGUUUAUCAACAACGCCUGCCUGGUGGCUGUCCUUGGAGCCACCUCCGUCAGCGCCUACGGCAUGUCCCACGGUGUUCCUGGAGGAGUAGCUCCUAACCCUCCCCCACCUGCUCCCGUUUCUUCUUCCUCUUCUGCCUCUUCAUCGUCUUCUUCAAUGCCAUCUUCUUCCAAGCCACCAGCUCCCCCUUCUUCAGUUGCACCCGGACCAGCUCUGGCUUCCUGCUCUGGUGUCUCGCUUGGCCUUCCCCAGGGUCAGGCAAAUGCCAGAGCCAACUUCACUCAGCCUUUCUACCCUGGCAACGGCGAUUGCUGGGAGUUCAGAGUGCCCGUCAGCAUCAACACACAAGUCAACGAGUUCAACCUUCCCAAGUGGACCGAUGACUUCAGCCUUCAGGACUUCCUGACUGCCGCUACUACUCGCGCUAGCGCCAAGCUUCCCAGCCCUAUCAAGGGCAAGAAGAAUGAGACUUCUAGCCACACAAUUGCCGCUUCUUUCUGCACUCCCAAGAACAAGGGCAACAGAAAGAAGACCAUCAUCCUCGCCACCCACGGCAUUGGUCAGGCUCGUACUCACUGGAACUCUGCCUUCCAGCCCAACAAGUUCAACUUUGUGCAACACGCACUCAACGAAGGUUACUCCGUUUGGUUCUAUGACCGCCUGGGCCAGGGCGAGUCUGACAAGGUCUCCGGCUUCACCAACCAGCUCCGCAACCAAAAGGCUAUCCUGGUUGAGCUCGCCAAGAAGGUCAAGAACGGCGAGUUCACUGGCGAUUUCGGCAAGCCUGAAAAGCUGGCUGUUAUGGGCUUCUCUUUCGGUUCCUUCAUCACUCACUUUGCCCUUGCCGAGAACCCUGACAUGGCCGAUGCCGCCAUCUUGACCGGUAUCAACUACAACACCACCGCCAUCAACGCUAACGGUCUUGUCCGCUCCUUCGUCCCCCGUGUUGCCAGUCUUCAGAACCCUCGCAAGUUUUCCACUCUCGAUACUGGUUAUCUUACUUGGGCCGACAACAUUGCUCAAAUCAACACCUACUUCAAGUUUGGCCACUAUGAUGUUGCCACCACCCAGUACUGUGAAGAAUUUAAGCAGGCCUUUGCAGUCUCCGAGUUCUUGACGCUGACCGAUGGUGAAUUCGACGCCAGCAAGUUCAAGGGCGCCGCUUUGGCCAUCACUGGCAAGAAUGAUUACAUCAUUUGUGAUGGUCAGUGCGACGGCGUGUUUGAUGAGCCGGCCAAGACACUCUUCAAGAACGCCAAGUUCCAGGGUCACCUUGUUCCCGACGCCGGCCACAACAUCAACUUCCACAACAACGCCAAGCAAUCGUACAAGGUCAUGACCGAGUUCCUCAAGAACAACAAGCUAUAA